AUGCCCCUGCGUGCUCGGCCGCCAAUGGAGGACGCCGCCGGCAGGGACAGGCUCAGCGACCUCCCCGAUGAAAUCCUCCACCGCAUCAUGUCCUUCCUGAACGCGCGCCAGGCCGUGCAGACGUGCGUGCUGUCGCGGCGGUGGCGCAACCUCUGGCACACCGUGCCGUGCAUCAACGCCGACUUCGUUGAGUUUGAUUCCAUCGGAUACCAAGGGCCCGUGGUGCCGUUCAAGAGGUUUGUUAACCGGCUGCUGGAGUUCCGUGAUCCUGCCUCCGUGAUAGACACAUUCUUGCUCAAAUACGCCAUGCCGGACAGAUUGGAUGGAUACAAGGCUUCUAAUGAAGAAGCUAACAGGUGGAUUGGCCAUGCUUUGCAGAAGCAGGCCAGGAUUCUAGAGGUUGCCGUGUUCUUCUUCCCAUUGGAUCUUGAUCACUCAGUGUUUACUUCAUUCUACCUGAGAAGAAUUGAGUUCUCCCAUGUGUACUUACGCAAAGGUUUCUUCGAGCAAAUUGAGACGGGCUGUCCAUUACUGGAAGAUCUCUUAUUACAUCAAUGCUUCAUUUGGGAUGGUGAGAUCUCCUCCCAGACACUGAAGGUUUUGACCGUCGAUGCAACUGAAUUAUACACGGUGAAGGAGAUGUCUAUUUCUACUCCAAAUCUUACUUCUCUGACCUUGUCUGGUCUUGAGUAUCCCAAAGCUGUACUAAAGGACAUGCCAUUACUAGUGACUGCAUCAGUAUCGGUUACAUUUGAUGCAUUAAACUUCGACGGUUAUUAUGAUGCUAAUGACCUCCGCCAGUAUCUCUGGGGCCUUUCUGCUGUUAGAAAUCUGGAGUUCCAUUAUGAGGGUGCAGAGCUGAUGAUUGCAAACAAUUCGCAAUGGUGUCCGGAAUUUGUCGAUGUUGUCAACCUGACUCUUGGUGAAUGGUGCCUGGAUGCAAACUUCCAUGCACUAAUUGUAUUCCUUCAGAACUCACCGAGGCUAGUGAAGCUAACUCUGAAACUCGCGAAGGAUCGUUGGACAACACCACAAAGAAUCAUUGGUGAGCUUGAAGAAAGAUCAUUUACAUGUGAGCACCUUAAGAUUGUUGAAGUGAUAUGCUUGGAGAAUGAUCCCCAGGUCAUCGGUGUUGAAGAUUUCUUUGUUCGUAGUGAUCAUUGUUCGAAUUGCAGUCUCAUGUAG